AUGUCAUCCGCGUUCAACUCCUCUGCCCUCGGCAACUCUCCUUCAUUAAACGUGCAAUACCAUCCCAAGAACUCCGCCACCGAUCCAAACACCCGUGAAGACCCGCUCAUCUGCUUCGCCUCCGUCGGCAUCAUCACCCUCUCCGCCGUCCUGCGCUCAAACUCCCUCCCCGCCGCCGCCGUCCCCCAAAGCCUGUCCCUUAAUCCCCACCAGAAGAACGCAGUCCGGUCCUUCGCGAGCCCAGGCACGUCCACCGCAUCAACCUCCUCCGCCAGGACUCGAAGCUCCUCAGGCACGCCAAUGCUCUCCCACACCUCCUCCAGACACGUCCGCCUCAGCUCCCUCAGCACGACGUCAAAAUACUCCCCCCACAUCUUGCUCCUCAUCCCCUCCCGCGCCUGCGGCGACGUAACCCCGUCGAGCCCCAACCGCGGCACCAGCGCAUCAUACCUGUCCAGCACAUCCCCCGGCGUCGAGAUCCCCAGCUCCGCGAAGCAGUCUUCGUCCGCAGACAGCAAGCCCCGCAGGCUCUCCAUCCGGAGCCGGUCCAGGUCCUCGCCGUCGUCGAGGUCCGUUUCCGCAGCCGCGAUGAAGGGCACGUAG